UAAUUCGCUUUUCUUCUUUUGUAGUUAAACUGCCUUUGAAUCUUUUUCUUUUGGUCUAUAAAAGGUUUUGUGUAGUGGCAGAUUGUUCAAAUUCAAAGCAAAGGUUCUCAGCUUCUUCUCUCUUCUUUUUUUGCUUGAGAGAUUUGCCUCAAUUUUCUUGCUAGAGAUUGGCAUCUCUGCCACAGAGAAAAACGAAGUGAAAGAUGACCAAGCUAGGCAGAAUUCUAGUGAUCAUCUCCAUAGUUGCAGCAACGUCAUGGGCUCAAGGCUUUCAUGUAGAGAGUUGGGCAACAAAGCUUGAGGCCAAACAAGAGACAGUGACCAAUCUUCAAUUCUACUUUCAUGACACACUCAGUGGCAAGAACCCAAGUGCCAUUAGGGUGGCUCAAGCAGCUGACACUGAAAAAUCGCCUACUCUUUUUGGAGCCUUGUUAAUGGCAGAUGAUCCACUAACCGAGUCUCCUGAUCCCAACUCCAAGCUGCUCGGCAGAGCCCAAGGACUUUACGGUUCAGCUGGGCAGACAGAGCUAGUCCUAAUGAUGGCCAUGAACUUUUGCUUCACCGAUGGGAUAUUCAAUGGUAGCUCUAUAAGCAUUCUUGGCAAAAACUCAGCUCUGAAUCCUGUUCGUGAGAUGCCCAUUGUCGGUGGAACCGGCCUUUUCAGGCUGGCUCGUGGGUACGCCCUCGCAAAAACUCACUGGAUCGAUAUUACAACCGGUGAUGCCAUAGUUGGCUACAACGUUACCAUUGUUCACUAGGAUUAACAUGCGUACCUUAUUUUCUUUUUCUUUUGUUUUAUUGUAUAAUUACUUAAAUACUGUGUUUUGAUCUGGACUCUUGUUCUAACUAAAAUAUUUCAUUAAAGUUAGAAUUUAAUUGAGUUAGUUAUCGAGCAUAAAUUUCCUUGCACAGUUCGAAAGGAACAAACCAAAAGGAAUUUUGUAAUUAUUUUAACUUAAGCUGUGGGUUGAU